AUGGCAGCUGUGGACACUGGGCCGAGGACAUGUGUUUUCUUCAAGGACAAAGACGAGCAUUUCCUCGAUAUGAUGCAAGAGUGCUAUGGCCACGUUAUCAUCAAGUUAUGCGUGAUGCUCUUUAAAGCAGUGAGUGAUCGUAAGUCUAUUCUGAUGGACCAGGCUGCUAUAGAUACAAGGUUCGGGUGGGGUAUCUGA